AGCCUGGUUUGUGCAGCCUUUGCUGCACGCGAAUUCAAAUUUGAAGUACGCAGAACAUCAGCCAAUCAACGCUGUAGGAUCUUUAAUUUCCUGGCCAAUGAGAGACAAAGAGACAAAGCCCGACUUCCUGCCUGAAGAAAGCCAUAUCCUAUUCAGUUGUUAGGAGACCGGAGCGUGAGAAACGUCGAGGUAUUUUUGUCUGUGACCAAGAAACAUUAUCCAGUACAUGGCGGGGGCCGCGAGGGCUACUACCAAAGAGCCACUGGACCUCGUAAGUCAGAACAAGAUCUUCUGUGAAACGGUCCAGAAAGAACUACGAUGCCAGCGUCUACACACGGAGUACGGGGUGAAUCCUCUCCUCAAGGUUCACACCGUAACCAGAAAGCCAAUGUCCUGGCAUGAUAACAUAGAGGAGCCUGCUGAUGCUAAGUUCCUGAAUCUCAUUCAUCAUGCUGCACUUGAACCAACCAAGAAAUAUAAAGAACCACAGACAGCAAACCAGGAAAUUGGCUGGUUCUCCACACCUUUGACCAGCACUGACCGAAGUGACAAGAGACUGAACUUCCCAAGUCGAAGCACUGAAAUCACCAGAUAUAUGGCUGCCAUGUGGCGGCUGAAGGAAAUGAUGAAGGAUAAAAGAUAGGGACUCCAAGUACUAGUUUAGAGUUUCUGAUCUGCACCCUCUCAACCAUUUCAUGCAGCAAAGUAAACACCAUAGGCAGUGAAAAUUUCUGCUGCAGCACAUCCAUGCUUGCAAUAAACCUGUAUCAGAA